UCUGUGCUCGCUGUUGCUUGACGUUUUUCUUUGUGCAAUUUUCUGUCGGGUCUCUUACUCUCAUGAAAUAUCCCGUUAUUUCGCUUUCGUAAUUCAUUUAACAAAGGCACGACUAUUUGCGAGUGCCCCUCGGUUAAUGAACUAUUACUUCUUUUUACAAAUUUUAUAAGAUCAGUGACACCGCGCUACGGUGUAACUAUUUUGAUCGUUUGUCUGAUAUCGAUUUUAUACUCGGUGUGGAUGAUAAUUAUUUAUAUGAAGCUCAUUUAUUAAUGAGAACAAGUGAUUGUCAAAUAAGCAGCAAGAUUUUCGUGUUACAGUCCAACCCAAGAGUGAGCCGUGUCUUGGGGGAAAAGCACCCCGGGCACUACGGUGGCCCCAGAUACACCGGCACCAGCGCCCCAGCCUCCCGGGGUGCUGGAAAUGACGGGUACCGACAACAUACGCUUCAGCGGGCACACGCUCGACAAAGCCACCAAAGCCAAGGUCACCCUAGAAAAUUUCUAUACUAACCUCAUCACCCAACACUAUGAGAGGAAGCAAAGACUGGAGAAGCUGGAGGAAUCGCUGAAGGACGAGAGUUUAACUGAGAGUCAGAAGCAAGAGAAGCGGCAGCAACACGCGCAGAAAGAGACCGAGUUCCUCCGCCUCAAGAGAUCGAGGCUCGGCGUCGAAGACUUUGAGCCUUUGAAGGUCAUAGGCCGGGGUGCGUUCGGCGAAGUGCGACUGGUUCAAAAGAAGGACACUGGCCACGUGUACGCCAUGAAAAUACUCCGAAAAGCUGACAUGCUAGAAAAGGAACAGGUGGCGCACGUACGAGCGGAGCGAGACAUUCUUGUGGAGGCGGACCACCAGUGGGUGGUGAAAAUGUACUACAGCUUCCAGGAUCCGAUGAACUUGUACCUGAUCAUGGAGUUCUUGCCCGGCGGUGAUAUGAUGACGCUGCUUAUGAAGAAAGACACGCUCAGUGAGGAAUGCGCGCAAUUCUAUGUCGCGGAGACUGCGUUGGCAAUCGACAGCAUACACAAGCUCGGCUUUAUACACAGGGAUAUAAAGCCUGACAACUUGCUCCUCGACGCUCGCGGCCACAUCAAGCUGAGCGAUUUCGGCCUGUGCACCGGUCUCAAGAAGAGUCACCGCACGGACUUCUAUCGCGACCUGUCGCGCGCGACGCCCUCUGAUUUCAUCUGCGCGUCGGUGUCGGCGCUGGACUCGAAGCGGCGCGCCGAGUCGUGGAAGCGCAACCGGCGCGCGCUCGCGUACUCGACCGUGGGCACGCCCGACUACAUCGCGCCCGAGGUGUUCCUGCAGACCGGCUACGGGCCGCAGGCCGACUGGUGGAGCCUCGGCGUCAUCAUGUACGAGAUGCUGAUCGGGUACCCGCCGUUCUGCUCGGAGUCGCCGCAGGAGACGUACCGCAAGGUGAUGUCGUGGCGCGAGUCGCUCACGUUCCCGCCCGAGGUGCCCAUCGGCGAGGAGGCGCGCGACACCAUCCUGCGCUUCUGCUCCGAGCCCGACCGCAGGCUGGGCUCGCAGCGCGGCGUCGAGGACGUGAAGUCGGCGGCGUUCUUCCGCGGCGUGGACUGGAGCCACGUGCGCGAGCGGCCCGCCGCCAUCUGCGUCGACGUGCGCUCCAUCGACGACACCUCCAACUUCGACGACUUCCCGGACGUCAAGCUCGAGAUACCGGCUGCGCCGAUCUCGCAGGAGGGCGAGGCGGCGUAUAAGGACUGGGUGUUCAUCAACUACACGUUCAAGCGGUUCGAGGGCCUCACGCAGCGCGGCACGCCCGCCAAGAAGUGAGCCGCGAGCCGUCAGCCGCCAGCCACCAGCCACCGACCGCCGCCACAGCAGCGACAGCAGCCACACCCGCCCACUGGGCCGCUCGCUCGCCCCGUGCACUACUCGACCAUGUAGCUUUAUUAUAUAUUUUACUGACUAUUCAGUGAAAUGUGAAUAGUUGUAUAAAAUAGCCUAGGGAUCGACGUGUAUCACUGGAACGGUGUAGGGAGGCGCGAGCCGCCCGCGCCCCCUGGAGGUCCAAGGGAAUGUUCUUUAGCUAAUUAUUAUUUGACUAUCGCUAGUGCUCGUUAUCGUUUGUGGUAUGUUGAGCGAGCGAGCCCGCUCGGAGUGGCGCCAUACAGUAUGAACGUCGCUUAGUACGCACCGCUACCACCCGGUAGCCAGGAACACAGUACAAACGUAAUAUUUGAAUCGAUGACCAUUAAGCUAUUCUCUAAUUACGUAUUAUUUUAAUUAUAAUUAUGUCCAUAAUCUCCUUGUAGGUCAGCCGAGGAUAGUCGUAUGCACAGUUGAAAGUUAACUGUCAAAAUAACCUGUCCAAUCGAAUGUAAUUAAAUGCGUGUGUGUGCGCGCGUGCGCGCGUGUUUGUGUGUGUGUGUGUGUGUGUGUGUGUGGGUGCAUGUUUGCGUGGGCGCGUGUGUGCACGCGGGCGCGUGUAUGCACGUAUAUGAGUGUGCGUGCACGCGUGCGACUCGGGUCGACAUCGCCACUCAUGUUCAACUGCAACCCUUCGUAUUCAGAACCAAAAUGUGCACUGCGAUGUGUUCACUUUGUUAUUAUAUUAGUAUUCAUAUUUCGCGUUGAUUUAGCUGUUCACGUAUAUUAUUAUUCGCUCGCGUAAGAUUUAAAGUUUAACAAUCAAAUUGUGUUUUUGUAAUGUAUAAGAGACCGUAGUGGUUGCGUGAACUCAGUUUUUAAUUGAAUACAUUACGUAAAGUUAGAGGGCGACCCGUUGCGUGCGUUGCGUCCGCUCGAUAACAUUACAAGAACUUAAUUAACAGUACACUAAUUAAUUAACAACAUUUCUUUUAUACUAUGUUAUGUAUGUUUAAGUUUUUACUGCUAAAAUCUCGAUUCAUCGAUACUUACGGACGGAACAUUACCAAAUUAGUUACUGUGCGCGACAGCGUAAUUAUAAUGGAGCGCCAUCUCUCGUAUAAAACCUAUACCUUGCCUUGAGAAUGUAUGGCGUAUUUGCAGAAUGCCUGUGAAUUAACAAUAUUGUUUAUGCAGUGUGUACUGUGACGCGUAGCCGUCCUGUCCGUAGCGCGCGCUCCGCCGCCGUGAACGCGAGACGUUAACGAGACGAGACGCUCGCACCAAACUUCGUACACCGCACACCGCACACCGCACACCGAACAUAGCACACCGCACACCGAACACGCGCUCUGAACACCGAACACCGAACAUCGCACACCGCAGCAAACCGCAGCACAGCACACGCCGAACAUCAGACUCCGCAGCGCAGCACAGCACAGCGCACUACCGGUUCUUCUCUUAUCUCCGUACUAAUGUUGACAUGGUUUUAAUUUACGGUGAUGCAAUUAAAAAAGCAAUCCUAAGUUUGUGCGCCGCGUAGUACGAUGCGCUUAUUUUGUAUAACUACGUGUAUAUAUAAUAUUACGCAAGACGCUAACUAUCGAACGUUCGGUUCGAGUGCAAUAGAAUGCCGUCCACUCCAAAUUAUUUUAUUGUCCAGGAAAUAUUCAGUACUCUUACAAAUGUAUGUUAUUGUUAUAUUUUGUGCAAUAAAUGCAGUCGUCGCAUGUGUUGGUAUCUGGAAGAAACAGUUCUCUGUGGAGGUGCUGUGAUUGCACGGCGCACUACUUGAAGCGCUACUGAGCAUUUCUAAAAGCUAUCGUCAAGUCUCGCGCUCGUCACGACGCCUAGCUCUGCUCGUAUGCAGAGAGAUGGUUACCGCAGUCCGCCUGUAUGUACCAGCGGUAUUAAAUAUAUAAGUUAUGAAAAAAACGGUACAUCAUCACUGUAUUAGCUUGCCAUAUCGGUAUAUGAUGACAUUACCUAGCUACUCUACUACUAGGACGCGUCGCGUGAUCGGCGCAUAUUAACCCUCUGACCGCGUUUUUUUUUUCGCUUCAUUUCCGCACAUCGCUUUGACAACAAAUAGCAGUACGAGUAUUUAGACAUCUAGCGAGAUUCAGAGAAACAAUAUCGGUCUAGCAAAACAAACAUCGCGGGGCAACAAGGUCAAUAAACAUAAAAAAUGCGAGCACGUCGAAAUCGCGGGAUGUCCGCUCAGAGGGUGGACAGAUCGGUAUGAAAUAUUAUAUUUACUUCCACGUUGAAAUACAUAUAAAGAUUAUAAAUCUCAUUCUUCGAUGGACUUCUCGCAGUUUCGAGCGCUGCGACGCAGUGCAAGGAUGUGUAUAGAUUUAUUAUUUACAAUCAGUGUAACAUCACAAUUAAAUUUAGGUCAUUAUACUACGCAAAUAAACGCCGGGGAGCGGCGGCCGCGAGCCGUGUGCCCGCGGGACGGUGGCGUACGCGAACAAAGUCGCGGGUGCAGCGGACACUGGCUCCGCGAACGCUGUGCCUGUUCGGUGCCUGUCGGUUCACGGUACGAUACGACACGGCGGCCGCAGACGGCAGCGCGGCUACCACUCGAGCGACUGCCACUCGCACACUUACUGUAGUAUCGAAUGUUUCCGCUAUUCCUCAUUAGAUUUACUAAUUAAAUGGGUUUACUGAUAGAAGCGUUUAGUAUUGUUAUGUUUAUUACGUCGUAGAUUAUUUUCGCCACGUAACAUAUUUUAAAAUCUCUCUAUUAAGUUGUAUAGUAAUCGGUGUUUUCUUAAGUUUCGAGCGGCGACCUUGUAUGUCGAGCGUGGUGGGCGGCCAGCGACCAUCGGCCGCGUUGAGAUGAGACAUACUGUUUGAAUAUAGCCAUCGCUGGGCUCGCGGCGUGGCUGCCAGGUCGUACGUGAGUAGCGCUAUGUGAAAAACUACCUAACUAAUAAUGCUUGUUCCUUUUUUUGUUACGUCUUGCAAUAAAUAAUAAGAAGUAUCCACACACUGAUUUGCGGUGGGCUGUACGAAUUCUUAUCAUCUAUUGGAAGGCGCGCGACGACGAGACGCGCUCCGUGAUGACGAUGAUGGCGAGCGCCAGUUGAUGGUCGAGCCCGCGAUUGCUUUGUUCCGCGCGUGUGUCGUCUUGCCAUUAGGACAAUGGUCGUCCGCUGCCACCCGGUAACGCUGCGCCCCCUAGUGUGCCCGCCAUCAGCCGACCAUCUCUGUGUUCAUAUCGAUAACCGAAUACCAGUGACGAGGGUAACACUCCUCCUAAAACCAUUUCUCUCUAUAUUUCGGGCGCUUACGUUUACAUCACAAUUUAAACUUAUUCGUUAAGUAUUAUAAACUGGUUGAAAUAAUGCAAAUGUUCUAGUAAUACUAGCUAGGUACUAAUUUCUGUUUAAUAAAGUACAUGUAAAGUACCUAAGUACACAUUUAGCGUAGUCGUUACUACAUUGUAAAUGUAUGACAUGCUAGCGCGGCGUGUGGUCGGGCGACGGUCGACGGUCGACGGACGCCGGUCGCGGACUACUUGGAGUGUAGUUGCGUUUUGCAGAGCAUAAUUCUAGAACGGCUACUUGCAUCACGUAGGAGAUACGCAGAGACACUAUUUGAUAGUUCGUUAGAUAUUUGUAUAUAAAGAUUAAUAUUGUAAUAUCACGUAAGUAGAGCUACAUGUCUAUUUUCUACUAUUACAAACUGAGAGUUACUCUAUUAGUAUUAUUAUCCCAUAGGAUGUAUACCAACGCAGACGGAGUUCAUCAACGAAUGGCCGACCGGAGUGUCGAGUCGGACUCGCGUUGCUACCAGUGCGAAUUACUUUGCUAUAGAAAACAAUGAAUAUGAGAAUACGUUUAUUGAUCAGUUAGUGGGUACAUUGGUACCGAGCGCGGACACAGCGCGUGCGGUACGGCGGCCGGGCCCGGGCUCUGUGGGCACGGAAUAGAUGGGAUGGUACCGGGCGGCCGGUGGACGGUGGACGGUGGACGACGGAGGCGAGGCGGCCUCCCGUCCGCUCUGCCGCAAUGAGCCCGUGGCCUCCGCAGCGCAGCUUCGCGUGCUGUUGCUCGCCUUUGUACCUAUUUAUAUAUUUUUGUAUAUAUAUAUAUAACACGCUAACGCUCCCCUACGCGCCGGCGUAACUUUCGAAUAAAUUAUCUUAUUAUUUGCUUUGUUAUUGUUAUUAAAACAAAAUUAAAUAAUAUUUUAUGUCUUCAAUAAUAAUAUUUUGAAGUAUUUUGUUUAACACUUAUUGUUUCUUACAUGUGAUUUAAGAAAGUGGCAAUACAGAUAAGAAUUAAUA